AUGCCUCGGUUGCCUUCUUCUUCUGAUCCGUUCCAAGGCCAUAAUGAGCUUCCUCAGAGCAACAAUUUUAUGUCUAGAACCAACAGCAUUAUCCAGGAUAAGCUCUUUCUCGUGAGGAAUGUAGGACAACAGACGUUAGAUUGGUACCAAAGCCAGCCGUUGUGGAAGCGUACAUUGCUUCAGGUGCUUUUUGUUUUCAAUGCUAUUGUCGUGGUUUUGAUUAUGAUAUUCCAUAAAUCGAUAAUACAAGCAAUCGUGGUCAUAUCUGAUAAGUGGCACGGAUUGAAAUUUGGCCAAGGUUUACUAUUUACAUUGGUAUUUAUGGUUGGGUUCCCGCCAUUGCUUGGCUUUUCAGCCUUAUCGAUGUUGGCGGGUAUGGUUUAUGGGUUUGUACAUGGAUGGAUCUUAUUGGCGUGUGCAUCGAUUUCGGGCUCCUUUUGUUCGUUCCUUGUCUUCAGAUAUUUGCUUCAUAGCAGGGCAGAAAGACUCAUGAAUUCAAACAAAAAAUUCAGGGCUUUCUCAGAGAUUUUGCGAGAGGAUUCAAGUCUUUUCAUCUUGGUAUUGUUGAGACUUUGUCCAUUACCUUAUUCAUUGUCGAAUGGUGCAUUGGCUGCUAUUCCGGAAUUACCAGCAACAACAUACUUUUUAGCGUCAUUGAUAACUUCUCCCAAAUUGAUGAUCCAUAUAUUUGUCGGACAUAAAUUAAAAGAGUUGGGGGAUGACACUAAGGGUAAGUCUACCCAUUUAAUUGAUAUACUUAGUAUCAUAAUAACGGGUGCUGCGGCAUCAUUAACAACAUACAUAAUUUACAACAAAAUGCAAAGAAAACUAGAAUUUUACCAUCAAAGAGGUAUAAUUCCUCGUGAUGAUGCAAUUAUAUUUGGUAAUUUCGAAGAUAUUGAGUCUGCAAAUAAUGUGGAAUUAAAUUCUGCUGAUUACGAUGAGGAUAAUUUCAUUAUUGAAGACGAAGAUGACGAAAAUGCUACAGAUCCAGAUUAUGUAGCAAGUAAGAAGAAUAUUCAGGUUCAUGCUGAAGAUCAGAACAAGAAUGGUGAAUUUGAGAUAGAUGAAAAUGAUGGUGUAGAUGACUUGGGAUUAGGAGAAAUAUCCAAGAAUUCCAAACAAAAUACAAACGGUUAUAGAGAUUAUUAG